AGAGAGGCCGGGGGUGCGGGAGAAGCGGGUGGCAGUGAGAGAGAGGCUUGGGCUGCGGGUGGCCAGAGGGAAAAGGCCAGGAGUACGGGCACGGGUGGCAGCUAGGGUGAGGCCAAGUGUGCGGGUACAGGUGCCGGGGGGGGUGAGGCUGGGGUUACAGGAGGAGCAUCUGGUAGAAGAGGGGAGCCUGGGAGUAAAGUAUCAACCUCAGGAGGAGGGGACAGUGAGCUCAGGGGUGCAGGAGCGGGGUGUGGCCCUGGGAGCCCCCCAGGAGCAGGGUGUGGCCCUGGGAGCCCCCCAGGAGCGGGGUGUGGCCCUGGGAGCCCCCCAGGAGUGGGGAGAGGGCCCGUGGGUUCAGCACCAGCCGGAAGGGGAAGGGGAGGCGAGCCCAGGAGUGCAGGGGGGCCAGCAGGGAGAGCAGCAGGAGACAGGAGGGUUUGUCAGGGGCCUGCAGGAGGAAGGGGGCCUGAGGCCGGGCGUGCAGGAGGAGGUUCUCGGGCUGGGCGUGCAGGAGGAGGCCCUCGGGCGCGGGGUGCAAGAGCAGCCUCAGGAGCCUGAGUGGCUGAGCCCAGGUGUUCAGGAAGCCGGGAGGACCCUGGAUGUGCAGCAGCAGCCGCAGCGGGGGAGGCGGCGAGCAGCACAGGUGUAGGGCGUGAGAGGAGUGAGCCCAGGAGCCUAGCAGUGCCAUCCCUUGCCAGCGAGCCUGGAGCUGAGCAUCCCCCCAUAGGAGGAGCCUGGAGGGGCGAAUCCUGGAGAGUCCCAGCCGUAAUGCCACUGCCAGCCUGGGUGACCAGGAGUAUAGGAGCAACGCCACCCUCAUCGUUCACGCACCGAGCCUGGGCACCAAACAGCAGCACCCUCCCAUUGCUACACAGUGAGCUUUGCACUGUAAAGCUGCAUGCAGUGCUCCUGGUCACAUAUGCCAACAACUGCUGGAGCAUGCAGUGAAUCUGGCAACAUGGAGCAGCAGCGUUUUACUAGCUUGGAGUAUAGCAGAAGCAGCAACGCCUUCAGCGUGCAGUGAGCCCGGCAGCGUGCAGUGAGCCCAGCAGUGUCCUGCACAGUGCUGUGCAGUGAGCCCGGCAGCGUCCAAUACAGCAGCCUCGCCGCCAGCUUGGCCUUCCUGGAAUUUAAUAGCAGCAGCGCCUUUCCCGUGCAGUGAGCCUGGCAGCGUGCAGUGAGCCUGGCGGCGCGCAGUGAGCCCGGCAGUGUCCUGCGCAGUGCUGUGCAGUGAGCCCGGCAGUGUCCAAUACAGCAGCCUCGCCGCCAGCUUGGCCUUCCUGGAAUUUAAUAGCAGCAGCGCCUUUCCCGUGCAGUGAGCCUGGCAGUUUAUACCCUCUCCAGCCUGGCAGCUUGGCAGUGCAGCAGCUGAGGAAGGAGGUGGCCCUGUGGGUACAGUGGCAGGGCCGCAUCCAGCCCAGGAGUACGGCAGCGGUGAGAGACGGUGUGGAGUCUGGAGGGCAGGAACUGGAGGUAGAAACUGACAGACUGAGCCCAUGGGCUGCAGCAGCCAGGCCCCGGCCCUGGACGGACGCGCUGGCAAGUCGCAGGGCGCCACCCUCUGGAUCGUGCUGGGACCCCCCCUGGGAUCUCGCGCCCUGGAGGCGGAUGGGCCAGGAUUAUCGGCGCUUUAGGACUCAGCCCCCCUCAGUCCUCUGUACAACUCAAGACUCUGUGGGAGGCCAAAACGGACGCCCUCCCGGCCCCCCGGAAUAUCCCCCCAACGCUGCUGGAGCCCCCCUGCCCUCUGACGAGUCCCCUGGGGCAGGACCGCAAGGCCCAGACGGAGCAGCGUCCGAGCCUCAGACGCUGCCCUGUGGCAUGGAGUCGGACGAGGGCACAGACUGGCUCCUGGAGCUCCUGGCCGAGGUGCAGCUGCAGCAGUAUUUCCUGCGCAUCCGCGAUGACCUCAACGUCACGCGCCUCUCACACUUCGAGUACGUCAAAAAUGAGGAUCUGGAGAAGAUCGGCAUGGGGCGGCCUGGCCAGCGGCGGCUGUGGGAAGCCGUGAAGCGCAGGAAAGCCAUAUGCAAGCGCAAGUCGUGGAUGAGCAAGGUGUUCAGCGGGAAGCGCCCCGAGGCAGAGUUCCCGCUCCAGCCCCAGGCCCCCUUCCCCAAGCUCUCCAGCCCGUCGCCCGCCGAGGAGGGGCAGCAGGCCCUGACCUGCCUGAUCAGCGAGAGGGACCUGAUGCUCUUCGAGAAGCUGGGCGAUGGCUCCUUUGGCGUUGUGCGGCGCGGCGAGUGGGGCACGCCCACUGGCAAGAUGCUCACCGUGGCUGUGAAGUGUCUCAAGACGGAUGUGCUGAGCCAGCCAGAGGCGCUGGACGACUUCAUCCGGGAGGUGAAUGCCAUGCACUCUCUGGACCACUGCAACCUGAUCCGGCUCUAUGGCGUGGUGCUCUCACCCCCCAUGAAGAUGGUGACGGAGCUGGCCCCGCUGGGCUCCCUGCUGGACCGGCUGCGGAAGAACCAGGGCCAUUUCCUCAUCUCCACGCUGUGCCAGUACGCCAUCCAGAUUGCCAAGGGCAUGGCCUACCUGGAGUCCAAGCGCUUCAUCCAUCGCGACCUGGCUGCCCGCAACAUCCUGCUGGCCUCCAGCGACCUGGUCAAGAUCGGCGACUUUGGGCUCAUGCGGGCGCUGCCCAAGAACGACGACCACUACGUCAUGCAGGAGCACCGCAAGGUGCCCUUCGCCUGGUGUGCCCCGGAGAGCCUGAAGACGCGCACCUUCUCGCACGCCAGCGACACCUGGAUGUUUGGGGUUACUCUCUGGGAAAUGUUCACCUACGGGCAAGAGCCGUGGGUCGGCCUCAGCGGCAGCCAGAUCCUCCACAAGAUUGACAAGGAGGGCGAGCGGCUGCCGCGGCCCGAGGACUGCCCUCAGGACAUCUACAAUGUCAUGCUGCAAUGCUGGGCACACAAGCCCGAGGACCGGCCCACCUUCGUGGCCCUGCGUGACUUUUUGCUGGAGGCCCAGCCCACGGACAUGAGAGCCCUGCAGGACGUGGAGGAGCCAGAGAAGCUGCACAUCCAGAUGAACGACGUCAUCACAGUCAUCGAGGGCAGGGCUGAGAAUUAUUGGUGGCGGGGUCAGAAUAAGAGGACCCUUAAAGUGGGGCAGUUCCCCCGAAACACAGUGACCUCCGUGGCAGGGCUGUCGGCCCACGACAUCAGCCAGCCGCUAAAAAACAGCUUCAUCCACACUGGCCAUGGAGACACCAACUCCCAGCACUGCUGGGGCUUCCCCGAUAAGAUCGAUGAGCUGUACCUGGGAAACCCCAUGGACCCUCCCGAUGUGCUAGGCGUGGACCUGAACGCAGCCAGACCCACCCAGCUCCCGGGCCGGGCAAAAAGGAAGCCACCGCCUCGGCCACCACAGCCGGCCAUCCUCCUUUCGAGUAAGUUGGGCCGUUCUCCGCUCCUGUCCUCUCUCUUCUCUCCUCACUCCUCUCUGCCAGAGCCCUCGUACGACCCCGUCAGUGGGGAGGACGACUCCCUCUCCACGGGCCUCAAGCGGCUGUGCCUGAGGAAGCCGGGCCCCCCAAAGGGGCUGAAGCUGGUGAAGCCUUCGGCCUGGGUGUCGGGCACCAAGGUGGGCGAGCGGCAGCCGAGCCGGGCCAAGGGCGGGGUCACCUACUGUGGCGAGGCACCACUGAUCGACUUUGGGGACGAGCCUUCCCCCACCACCCCCUCGCCAGUCGGGGAGCUGGGCGCCCCCUCCCUCGCCAGGCUGGCCAUGGAGGCUUUCUCCCUGCUGGACAAGACGCCCCCCCAGAGCCCCACACAGGCACUGCCCCGGCCCCUCCACCCCACCCCUGUGGUGGACUGGGACGCACGGCCCCUGCCCCCGCCGCCGGCCUACGACGACGUGGCCCAGGACGAGACCGACUUCGAGGUGUGCUCCAUAAACAGCGCGGAGGGGCUGGCGGGGCGGCCGGCCUGGGCCGAGGACGAGAAGGCGGCGGGGGAGUGGGGCUCGGCGCCGCUGGAGGACAACCUCUUCCUGCCGCCCCACGGGGCCAAGCAGCCGAGCCUGGCGCAGACUACCGAGAUCUUCCAGGAGCUGCAGCAGGAGUGCAUGAAGCGGCUGCACGUGCCCCAGGGCCCCGGCGAGGACAAGCCGCAGAUCCCGCCCCGCGUGCCCAUCCCGCCCCGGCCCCUGCGGAGGAACGAGCCCGGGUGCUGGUCGGGGGAGCUGUCCCCGGCCUCGGGGGGUGAGGAAGACCGGCCGCCCCAGAUCCCGCCCCGCGACCCCUUGUCCCAGCCCACCUCCAGGACUCCCAGCCCCAUGGCGCUGCAGGUGGGCUCCCCGCAGCAAAGGGCCAGCCUCUGCUCCCCCUUGGCCCUGGCCGCCUGCCUCUCCACCUCCCCGGGCAAGGCCAUGCCCACCACGCAGAGCUUCGCCUCGGACCCCAAGUACGCCACGCCCAAGGUCAUCCUGGCGCAGGACAAGGACAGCGCCAGGGGCCCCUGCAUCCUGCCCAUUGUCAAGGACGGCCGGAAGGUGAGCAACACCCACUACUACCUGCUGCCCGAGCGCCCAGCCUACCUGCACAAGUACGAGAAGUUCUUCAAGGAAGCCCAGAGCCCUGAGGAGCCGGCGCCCCGCGUGGUCAGCACCGCCGCCGUCCGGCCCAGGGUGCAGCAGUCCAACUGCUCGGCCAACAACAGCAACCCCGGCCCCCGGGGGGCGCUCAGGGCCUCCUGCAGCGUCCAGACCAUCGUCUACGACAGCAGCGACGGCUGCCGGGCCGCCGAGAAAGUGCAGCUGGUGCAAGAGAUGGUGCACGGCGUGACCACCGAGGAGUGCCAGGCCGCCCUGCAGAACCACGGCUGGAGCGUCCAGCGGGCCAUCCAGUAUCUGAAGGUGGAGCACCUUUUCUGCCUGGGCCUGAAGACCAGGGGGGAGUGCCACAGGGUUCUGGAGAUGUUCGACUGGAACCUGGAGCAGGCCAGCUGCCACCUGCUGGACCCCGCCAGCGCCGCCAGGCAGAAGCGGUGACGGCGGCAGGCCGGGAAGCUGAGUCAGAGCUGGAGCGGGCACCUGCCACCUCUGCGGUGCCUUCCCCCCACAUUGGACUGAGCCGGCCAGAGCGUGGCUGGAGAGCCAGGAGCAGGGCUGAGAGCCUGACCAGGGGCUCAGGACUGGCGAGGGGCAGCCCCCAGGAUCCCGCUGGGGGUCACCCAGGAGCUCGCUGGGGAAUUGUUUUGUAAAGAGAAAUGUAAUUUUAAUAUAUAUAUAAAUAUUCUAUUGGAGAGGAA